CCUUUCAUUCUCACUUCAUCACUUACUCAAAUAUUGUUUGUCAUCCCUUCAAUUUGCCUUCAAACCUUAUAUAUAUAUAUAUAUAUUGUCUGUUUGUUUCUACUACGCACUACUACUGUGCAAUUGUUUUUCAUUGUAAUUGAAUGGAGAAAUACGAGCAAUACCAGAGAGUUUUCAACCACUUUGAUUUCAACGGAGACGGCAGAAUAUGUCCGGCGGAGCUACGUCAGUGCGUGGGCUCAAUUGGCGGGGAGAUGACGGCGGAGGAGGCGGAGGCGGCGGUGGUGAUUAUGGACUCGGACGGGGAUGGGUUGUUGUGCUUGGAGGAUUUCGUGAGAAUAGUGGAAGGAGCUGGAGAGGAAGAGAAGGCGGGGGACUUGAAAGCGGCGUUCAAAAUGUAUGAAAUGGAGGGAAGCGGGUGCAUUACGGCGAAGAGCUUGAGGAGAAUGCUGAGUAGAUUGGGAGAGCGGAGGAGCGUGGAGGAGUGUCGGAGUAUGAUAGCUCGCUUUGAUAUCAACGGGGAUGGGGUUCUAAAUUUCGAUGAGUUUAAGGCCAUGAUGUCUCCCUCCUAAUUCAUGAUCAUGAUCCAUCAUGAAUUUUAUUUAAUUUUUUUCCCCUUUUAACGAGGGAUAAUUCCCAAUCUGAGUUAGAAUUUCUGUUUCAGGAGUCUCUCAUCAUCAUAUUUGUGUAAUGAAUUCUAUAUAUUCUUGUAUCAUGUAUACACACCUUCAUAUAUAUGUACAUACAACUGCUGUUGCUGCUGAGAGUAUAAGACAUUCUUUGUAAUUGUGCUA